UGCUCCCUGGCCUGCCACAAGAAGUGUCUGGAGAACCUCCUCAUCACCUGUGGCCACAAGAAGUUGCCCGCCCGCGUUCCUCUCUUCGGCGUCGACUUCGCGCAGGUCCCGCGCGACUUCCCGGAGGAGGUUCCGUUCCUGGUGGUCAGAUGCACCUCGGAGAUCGAGGCUCGAGCCCUGGGGGUUCAGGGCAUCUACCGCGUCAGCGGUUCCAAGUGCCGCGUGGAGAAACUGUGUCAAGCGUUCGAGAGCGGCCGGGGCCUGGUGGAGCUCUCCGAGCACUCCCCCCACGACAUCACUGGGGUCCUGAAGCAUUUCCUCAAGGAACUCUCGUCGCCGGUGCUGCCGUCAAACCUCUACGAUCGGCUCAUGGCACUGGCCAAGGACCUGCAGAGACCCACGGAGGAGAAGGUGGAGGGCACAGGAUUCCCACUGGAUCCCAUCCAGGGCAUGAAGGAUCUGCUGAGCAAAUUGCCUGGGAGCAACUACAACACCCUGAGGCACCUCAUCGCUCACCUGUACAGGGUGGCAGAGAACUACCAAGAGAACAAGAUGUCUCCAAACAACUUGGGCAUAGUGUUUGGGCCCACCCUGAUCCGCCCGGGCUCGGGCACUGACGUCUCCAUGUCCUGCCUGGUGGACUCAGGAUACCAAGCCCAAAUCGUGGAGUUCCUCAUCCACAACUAUGAGAAGGUGUUUGGGCUGGAGGAUCUCCCCUCAGGCUCAGCCCUGCCCAGCCAGGAAGGGUUGUCAGGAAAGGAGGAAGGAGAUCGGAACGUGGCCCUCAAGAAUUCCUCCUCCAGGCGUGGGUCAAGCAUGGACUCUGUGCCUGAUGACUCCUCUUCCAGGGAAGCCGAGGCGACUCCGGAGGGAGCCCAGGACCUGUCCCAGGGGGACACAGGAGAGCUGAGUACAAGUGUUGAGUGGGAGUUGGAGGAACUGGAGAAUUCCAUGCAGGACAAGAUGGACAAUGAGGUGGACACAGCUCAGGAGAACCAACCCAAGUGCCACUUCAGUCGUCAACCGGCCAAGUACAUCCGAGCUCAGCUGAAGACCAAGCCAAACAUUCCCAAAGCUUCCAACCUGUCCUUGAGGACUUCCCUGGCAGCAGAGCCUGGUCUGGAGGAUGAUGGUGCUGACAGCAGCUCCAGCCUGAGGGAUGUCCUGGAGGAGAAUCCCAGGGGCAGGAACAGCCCCACGGACGUGGUCAGACAUCGCCUGGGAGGGAAGCAGCAGCACAAACACUUUGAGAUCACUCAGGAAACUGCCAGGAUCAUCUCCAAGUUUAAAGGGGAGGACAACUCUGUGUCCCAGGAGGUUCCUCUGGAGAGGGAGGGAUCUGCUGGGAAAGGAGAGGACAUCAACUCAGGGACUUACCUCUAG